GUCUUCAAGUAUUCAUGAUGGAAAACAAAACAACAAUAUUGCCAAAAUCGGUUAUAUGUUUUGCUGUAUUGGGACUCAUGCUCAUUUUUCAGAUAAUUGUUUUGCAAGAUGCAAUUAUGUUAUCAAUUUCAAAGCAGGAUUUGGACCGGGAAGCUAACAAUACCGCAUUAAUCACGUGUGACCGUUCUAAUAAACUUUAUGAUAUAUGUUCAAUUAAAGGUCCAACACUUUUAGACCAAACUUCAUUAACUCUCUUUAUGUUGGGAAACCAUACGAGAAACCAACACCACAUUCAUGAGAAAAUUCAACCUUACACUCUCAAAAAUGAUAAACCUUCAAUGUCAACCGUUAGAGAAUUUACACUCACAUCAUCUCCAUCAAAAGUAUCUCAAUGUGGUGUCAUUCAUCAUAGCCCGGCGGUUAUUUUCAAUGCGCGUGGUUACAACGGAAACUUCUUCCAUGAAAUAAGUGACAUAUUCAUACCACUCUACAUCACCGUCAAUUCCUUAUCUCUUGAUCAAGAUGUAAUACUUGUGAUCGUAGAUGGUAUGCCUUGGUGGUUUCAAAAAUAUGUUGAUUUAUUAUCUACAUUUAGUCCCCGUCACAAGAUCAUCGACACAAAUAACCUAACAACCACUCAUUGCUUUCCAUCGACAGUCGUAGGGUUGAUAAAGCAUGGACCGGUAACCAUAGACCCUAAGUUGCUACCUUACCCUAAAACCCUUCUUGAUUUCAAAGCAUUCUUGAAAAGUGCAUUUAUAAAAAGUAACACCUCGUUAAUGUAUCCUAACGAUAAAGGUAGACCACAUCUCACAUUUGUUAUUAGAAAAGGAAGUUUUACUCGUGUAAUUUUGAAUCAAGAGGAAGUCAUCAAGUUAGCUGAAGAAAUCGGAUUUCAUGUAAAUGUGUUCGAUCCAUUAAAGGACCCUUCACUUUCCAGUGCUUAUAGGUUGAUUCAUUCGAGUCAUGUAUUGUUAGGGGUGCAUGGUGCAGGUCUAACACAUUUAUUUUUCCUUGCACAAGGCUCAAUGGUGGCUCAAAUUGUGCCUAUUGGACUUGAAUGGCACUCAAAAACUUGCUUUGAAAAACCAACAAAGAUUCUGGGGUUGAAGUAUGUUGAAUACAAAGUAAAACCAAAUGAAAGCAGCUUAUCAUGGGAGUAUGGAACUAAUAGCUCAAUAGUGAAUGAUCCACCAACAUUUAGUGAAGGAAAUUUGAAUAACGAAGAUUUAUACUUAAAGAAACAAAAUGUGAAAAUUAAUUUAAUUAGAUUUAGAAAAUACUUGACAAAAAUAUACGAGAAGGCCAAAAUACUUAUGAAUAAUGCUAGUUAAAUGGAUAGAUAGUUAGAUUUUACUGUUAAAAAAGUACUUACACUUCAAUCCUCUU